UUUCCGUUAGCGAAAUUGCCUGGCGAAAUGCUAACAAAUUAUACGACAACGAAAACUGGCGGAAUAUAUUUAACAAAUUAUCGAGUAGCAUUAGUGGAGCGUUCCAAGAAAGUUGUUGCAAACAUACCAAUUUUAUCAAUUGACGAAGUACAUGAUAUAGGAAAUCAUUUUCUACAAAUUAAUUGUAAAAGUGGUCGUAUCUAUAGGUAUAUAAGGAAUAUUUAUUCUUUUUUUUUGUCUUUUGUAUGCGAAACAUAUCCUCGUAGAUUUAUUGUACCGUCUGAUCUGUCGGAUCAACAUUUGGUUGAAGCAGCUGGUGCAAGAAUGUUGUACCGUUUUCCUGCAGUUGUGUGGUAUUCGAAGGAAAACGAGACAGUUCUCAUUCGAUGUAGCCAACCAUGGCAGAAUUUUUUUAUGUAUAGAAGUCAACAAGAUGAGCAAACAUUGAAGGCUAUGAGAUCUCGUCAUUCAGAAAAAUCUGUGAAAGAAGAUGAAAAACAAGGUUUGAUUUAUGGAAAGGGAAAUUCAUAUGUUUCUAUUUCUGUUGCAGAUUAUUAUUCUCCUGCUGAAGUGAUGUUCGCAGGUUUGCCGAAUAUUCAUGCAGUUCGGAACAAUUUUGCUGAUUUAAGAGCAAUACAGCACAAACGUGUGUUAAAAAGUUACUUGAAGAAAGUAAGUUGCUUAAAUUCGUUAUCAUUUAUUGCAUUUGUGCUUCAGUGGUGUUCCAUUUCUAUUAAAAAAUUUUUAGAAACUUCUGUGCUCGUCCAUUGUUCAGAUGGAUGGGAUCGAACUGCUCAAGUUACAACAUUAGCAAAAAUUAUCGCUGAUCCUUACUUUCGAACUAUAGAGGGUUUCGAAUUUUUGAUUCGUCGAGACUGGAUUGAAUUUGGUCAUAAAUUUGCGGAUAGAAGCGGUUUGUUCAAUAAUAAAAAUGAACAGUCACCAAUAUUUCUACAGUGGCUUGACUGCGUCCAUCAAAUUUUGCAUAAAUUUCCUGCUGCCUUUGAGUUUACGCAGGAGUAUUUGGUGAAAUUGGCGUUACACACUUAUUCCGGUCUCUUUGGGACAUUUUUAUUCAAUAGUUUGAAGCAAAAAGUGCAAAUAUUCAAAGAAGCUGGUGACCCCGACAUGUUUUCGAUUUGGGCUUAUUUAAGAGCAAAUACCAAUUUAUUGAAUGUGAUGUAUAUUCCACCUCCUGAUGGCAAGGGUUCAUUAAAAGUUGAUCCAAGGGGGCUUAGGCUUUGGAUUGAAGUUUAUGGAGGUCCCAGUUUGGAACGAUUUUUCACUGCUCCAUAUGAAUCUUUUUGUAAAAAAAGAUGGAAUGUUUUGCAAAACUCGUUACAAAUGCGUGAUUUAUUUGUUUUUUCUAUAUAA